CGGCCGCCCCAAGAUGGCGACUCCCAUGCAUCGGCUCAUAGCCCGGCGACAAGCCACCAGGCUGCCCUGGAGCUCAAAGUGACCCUCCUAUCUCUGCCUCCUGAGGGCUGUCAUCAGAACAUGGGCCACCGCACCAAGCUGGAAAAGCAUCUCUGAAGGGGUGCCAUUAGAAGAGACUGCAAGGGACAGAAAGGAUCCAGUCAUGAGAGGAUUUGAGGAAAAGCUUAGGACCUGUGACAAGAUGGCUGCAGCCUUCAUGUCCUCUCAGCUUCAACUUGGUCAUCCUUCAUUGGUCCUAAUUGGAUUUAUAUAUCCUGCCUCAUAACCAUACCUAUGGGUUUGUGAAACUAUGCUGGAUUCAGAGGUCUUGUUCUUCCCACACAAUUGAGUGGAUGGCCAUAACCAAGGAUGAGCUGCCUGUGUGGGAAGAUCACAACAGUGAAGCAAAUAAACAACAUGUCAGAUGUCAGAAAUGCUUGGAAUUUGGACAUUGGACUUACGAAUGCACAGGCAAAAGAAAGUACCUCCACAGGCCUUCGAGGACAGCUGAGCUAAAGAAAGCUCUGAAAGAAAAGGAGAACAGGUUAUUACUACAACAAAGCAUUGGAGAAGCUAAUGCAGAGAGAAAGACCAAGAAAAAAAGGUCAAAGAGUGUAACUAGCUCCAGUAGCUCGAGCAGUGACAGUUCAGCCAGUGAUUCGUCAUCAGAGAGUGACACAUCUGCCUCCUCCUCCUCAGAGGACAGUGACUCGGAGGAGAGUUCCUCCAGCUCUUCUUCAGCCUCCUCCACGACCUCCUCCUCCUCCUCCGACUCGGACUCGGACUCGAGCUCCUCCAGCGGCAGCGGCAGCAGCAGCAGUGGCGACAGCAGCUCCGAGGAUGAGCCGCCGAGGAAGAGGAGGAGAUAAGCCGCUCCUCCCGAGCCCGCAGCGGGCACAGGUUGGGCUCAAGCCAGCCGUUAGCUGGUCAGAACUAGAGUUCAAAGCUUUCUAAAGGAAUAGAGUGUUAAUAGCAGACAUGUAAAGACUUUUAUUUUAGAGAUGAAACUUUUUUUUUUAUCUUAAAGUAUUUCUCUAGAGUAAUCAGAGCUAAAAACUAGUAAAUCUAUUUCUGUGAUGAAACUUAUUUUUCAUUCCUGUGAAAUGAACAUUGUCCUUAUAUGUUCAUGGUAAAUAUGGGAAAGAUUUUCAGGAUAAUUGCAUCAGAAUAUAUAGUAAUGAAGUUUUGAUUUUUUUACUGAGAUAAUACUUUAUCGAGUAUGCUGCAAGGUGGUGACAGGUAAGCAGUAACUAGAAGACCCGACCUCCAGCUGGCUGGUAGCAGCUGGCUAAGGCUUUCUUGGUUGUAUUUAUAUGUAAGAUUUAAUACACUGUUACUAUAAGCUUACAAGUUUUCCUACUGUUUAUAAAUGUGCUCUAUUUUUAUAUUUGUGUUCAGAAAAUUAUUUUGAACCUUAUAUAAUACAUGCUUCUGAAUGCUGUA